AUGGACAUUUAUACCGCUAAGCGGCCUGGAUCCGCUCCAACAGUCAAUACUAGUGACUGUGCCUGUCCUUCUACACCACUGACUCCAGUACAAUCAUGGAUCCAGUUUGCUUUAGUGAUUGAAGAGAAACAAUUGGACAUACGGAUGCGUGCACGUCGGCUUGUCAAUCAUGAUGGUCUCACCGACCGUGUUAAGCUUCAAAAGCUACGAGACUCCCUCAAAACAUUGAUGGUUCAACUCAAUAAACUUCAGGCCAAAGCGGGUGUUGUUGCUACCGGGAGACAAGACAUUGACAUAUCUGACCAGAUUUUAAUUGACUGGGAAGACGAAGAAGAUGUUCUAGCUCCUGGGUCGGGUCCGACAGUAAACAAGGAUAUUGAUCUACAGCCAAUCUGCUUACCAUCAAAUGGUGCUGCAAGCAAAAUUUAUGCAUCAGAUGAACUUGAAGCCAGAAUAUCAAAAGCUAGAAGUCACCUUAACCAGAUCCGAGAACUAAUAGCAGAGCGGUCUUUCCAGUUCAAAGAAGUUGUCCGAAAGGGUCCACGCAAAGGGGUACGCACACGAGGUCAAACGGCGGUAAAAGAGUUAAAAGACCAAAUUUCAAUGCAUGCGCAGGCAUACUCACACUGCCGAACUCGUAUUGUCAAGUUGGGGGCCAAUGAUGAAAUUCUUCAGGAGUUGCGCAUUUUAACAAAAGAAGACAUUAAAUCAAGUACUGCAAUUCUUAAUCCAAAUUUGCUGGGAUCAACCAAAUUCCGUUUGUCAUGGAUUUGGUAUUCUGUACACCAAAGAUUCGGACCGCGGUGGGCACUUGAUCCAACAGCUACUCCUGAUGCCGACCCAAACACAUUAUCGGGGGAAGCAGAUCCUGCCACUGUGCUUGAAUGUGAGUUAUUUUAA